AAUGUCCCGAGUUCCUUACAUGGAAGUUAAUUCUUGCAGAAAUUCGUGAAACGUGAAAUCGCAACGAUUUAAAGAGUCUGAAGAUUAAAAGAAUAUUCCCGCACUUUCUUUUGUAUCUUACAUUGUAAAUUGCAACUACGUCUAAUUAUGUUGACGCUUGACAGGAUGAAACCACCAUUCUCAAUUACGAGAAGGUCCUGAUCUAUUCUGGCCACCGUUCAACAUGCACGUGCAGAACCAAUUAUAACUGCACAACGUCACGAGCAAAACUGAAUGCGAUUGGUCAAAUAGAAGAGGAUGACCACAAAGGGGAUCUCACGCUAGCAGCCGAACCCAAUUUAAUAGCACGAUUAUAGACCUAAAGCCUGGUUUCCAUAUCGUCGUAAGCGACGGGGACGUGUCCCAGCAGAGGAUCGGCGAUGCUGCUGGGACGCUUACGAUGAUUUGGAAACGGCUGACCAUUGAGCAACUAACAAAGUUCGAUCGAUCAGUUAUGACAUACAAAAUAAUCAACAGACAAUGUCCCGAAAGCCUUUGAAUAAAUAUCGUCAUAGGACCCAGCACUCCAACUACAGAACAAGGAAUUGCAGGGACCUACAAAUCCCAAGAAAUAGCCUUGAAUACGUCAAGAAAGGCUUUCACUAUUCGGCUCUGAAAGCCUGGAACGAUAUUCCCAUCAAUAUCAAAGAGCUCUCUACACUUAGUAAAUUCAAAAAGCAAUUGAAAGUUUGUUAUACGAGCUCAUAUAACACGACUCCCUGGAAGAGCAGACGCUAUCUGGAAGAGCAGAUGCUAUGAGAUUGCUGUAAAUAAUUUAGCUUUAGCUGUAUAUAACUUAUAUUAAUGUAACUAGCUGUUAACCCGGUUUUGUUUUAACCCAGGCAAGUGGAAAGGCUGCCUUAAGCUUUUCAUUUCGCCUUUGUUGGAAUCGUUAUUUCGCAUUCCUCAAAGUCCUUUCCAUUGCUACGCGGUUUGCCACUUUUUUCGUCUGUAUAAACAAAUGUACCAAUUUAGCUCAUUUCAUACAUUUGUUUGGUUGAAAAUAAAAAUCUCAUUCUGUUUAAUCUAGAGUCCAUAUCCUGUGCCAAACCUCCAAUUCGUGCGCAAUCGUGUGCGCAACACAAAAUCUGAUCCGGUCCACGGAUGAUUUUCCGGAGUGGGUUUUCGGCUUUGUGCCUUGUUGGAUGACUGAUCCGCAACGGAUCGGACAGAUCGAAAAAGUUGCAAUCGUUUCACCUUUUUUAGCCGUUCAGGUACAGUAGUUUUCUUUUGACCAGAAUCGAAUUAGAGCUCUUUGAACGCUAGAGCACUUGCGUCAUAAGGCAAGGAUCCCGUGGAGAUGAAUGUGAAUACUCAUUCCAAUCUGAAACGUUCCGCGGAUUGAAUAAAACGGAUCAGACCAACAGGAUCUGAUCCGAUCCGCGGAUCGUUUUCCGGAGUAGGUUUUUGGCUUUACAUAGAGUUUCAUGUGAGUGACAGCAUGCGGAGAGGUACAUUAAGAAGCCUGAUUCGUUUUGCAAUCAGUCCUUUUAGUGAAAGUGAAGAUGGCUGUGCUAAAAAGGACAGAAUCGACUGCACUCCUUGCUUCGCAAAAAUCUGAGCAUUUGACAGGUUCUCGGGAGUCCAUUAAUAGCAUCGAACUGAAUGUUAAAGAACUUGCAAGAAGUCUUGGCUUUUGGCAUGCAUUUGCCUACGUGGUAGGAAUCUUGUUUGGCUCUGGUAUGUACAUCUCGCCAAGCCUUGUAGCAAGAGAAACUAACAAUAUGGCUAUAGCGUUGGUAGUUUGGAUUGUCUCUGGCAUAAUACCCAUCUUGGGUGCAUUGAGCCUUUGCGAACUGGCUUGUGCAAUUGGCAAAACAGGAGGUGAAUACAUUUUUAACAAAGAAGCCUUCGGAGAUAUCGCUGCAUUUGUGACUUUGUGGGCGAAGGUUGUUAUUGGUUUUCCCGCUGCCAUGGCUGUGUUGGGAAUGGCGAUCAGUGAGUACAUUUUGAGCCCGUUUAUUGACUUAACUGCCCCCAAUGGAGUUUGGAUAGCAAAAUCUGUUGCUGUGCUUUUCAUCGUGAUGUCUGCCAUCAUAAAUUCUUUGAGCGCCUCGUUUGUUGGCAAAACCCAAGUCUUUUUCACGGCCAUUCAGUCACUAUCAGUGCUAUUUUUCAUUUCUCUGGGAAUAUGGAAAGCUUCUGCAGGACACACUCAAAAUUAUGUUUCUAUUUUUGACAAUUCCAGCAAAUUUGAGCUCGGUAGUUUUGGUAUAGCCUUUUACAAUGGACUAUGGGCAUAUGAUGGAUGGGGACUCAUUUGCACAAUAACAGAGGAAAUGAAAAACCCAAAAAGGGACCUCCGACUAGCAAUUCUUUUCGGAGUCGGAUUUGUUAUUCUAUGUUACCUUUUGAUUAACUUAGCGUUGUUGGCGGUUUUAACCCACGGAGAAAUUGCAAGUUCAUUAUUAGUGCUUACGCUGUUUGUGACAAAGAUUCUUGGCAAAAAUGUUGCAUUGGUUGUGCCCUUUGCUGCUGCUUUUUCCUGUUUCGGCGGACUAAAUGGGGUAAAUUUCAUGUGCUCUCGAAUUGUUCUCUCUGGCUCUCGCGAAGGACAUUUGCCUGAACCAUUGUCGUACAUUCAUGCGGACAGAAGAACGCCCAUACCAGCUGUCUUAUUUCUAUCUUCAUUGACAACGAUUUGGAUUCUCGUUCUUGGAGCAGGAACACAAAAUCUUGUUAUUUACUUUUCAUUUGCAAUUUGGUUUACAUAUGGCUUAGCGAUAUUCGGUGUCAUUGUUUUACGGGUGCGCCAACCAGAUCUACCGAGACCCAUCAAGGUAUGGAUUAUCAACCCGAUAUUCAUGACAUUAGUUUCUCUGUUACUUUUAGUUUUUCCAUUUUUGAAACGACCAGUUGAGAGCAGUUUAAGCCUGGUUUUUGUUUUUGUAGCAGUUCCAAUAUACUUUCUAGUUGUGCAGGAACGAAACUGCAGUCCAGCCUGGCUGCGCAGUUGGAAAGACAAACUAUACUUAUGUAUCCUUUUGCGCUGUAACCUCGUGAAGUGUGUUUUUGUUGCCAGCAAGAUUCAAGGAGCGGAUUUCCACAAAGAUACUACAAGUGUUGAGUUGAAUUAAUCAGUAACGUAAAUUCUAGUUUAGGUUCAAACUUUGAUCCGUUCUAGUUCUAUGUAUUCUCUAAUCACACUCAAUUCAAAUCUGAUUUCUAACGCAUACUUCAACGUGUACAUUAAGUGACUACAGGAACAACUCUUGAGGAGUACCAAACAAUUUCUUACAAGCCAUGGCUUUGCAAAAAUCAUUCAUUUGUCACGAGAUCUUUUCCAGAACGAGGUCACCAUAAUGUUACAAGUUUUUCAGCCUUCCCAUUCACUCUAAUUUACUUUGCAAAAGAAAUGAUUCUGUUGCUCAAGCAGUGGAUUGAUGCUAGAUUUGUUAAUCGCCAACAAUUGCAGACGGUAAAUUUUUUACUGUCCGAAUUUUUUACCAUCCGAAAAGUUUUCUGCUAAUAAACAAUUUGGAACUUUUGAGAAUCAUUUUUCCCUAAGAUUACGAUAUGAUUUAUUGACCAGGCAAUGUUGAUGAUAUAAUAAAAGGAUGCGAGCGUCCAUGUAAUUAAAUAUACGUAGAAUCCGAUUCACGUAGAAAGAAAAUCCACUCACAAAAUUCAAGUGAGUUGCACAAAAAGAAAAAAGACUCGCAGAAAAAUGAAACUCGUCACACAUUUUUAGUUUUAGUCACACAAAAUACAACAAAUCGCACAUAAAGCAGAUUGAGUCGCACAAUUAGAAAAGAGGUCGCACUUGAAGAAGAAUGGGUCACACGUUGGAAAAUGGUAGGUUUUGUAUUGAAUUGAAUGAAUUUUUGUUCAGCGAUGAUGUUUUGCCCAAACUGCGGGAAUUUCAGAGACAAGACCCACUUUCUCAUCUUUGGAAUAAAAUAAUAUGCGCGUAUUUUUGGACUAUUGGGACUAUUGUUCAAUUCGAUCACAGAAACAUGCAGACAGGCUAGAAGUCCAAACUCAGCUAAUUACCCGAACUGCAGUGUACGACAGUUUCCUACGAGAUCUCGGGUAUGCAAGAGCAAAAAUUCAAGUGUACAAAUGUACACUAUAACAUAAAUAAUAAUAAUAAUAAAAUCGAAUAUUUUAACAGGAUAACCUAUCAGUACAAUAUGUACUGUUGUCAUUAGGGUCCUGAUACUUAAUAAAUUAAUGGUAAGAUCUAAAAACGGAUUACAAAAGUUCAAUAUAGUCCAAUCUAAAGAUAAAAUAAUUUUACAUCAAUUAAAAUAAGUUUCUAAAAAUCGUCUAAAAAUAGUUCUAGAUUUAAUCUUUCUUGCACUUAGUGGCAGGUCAUUAAAUUCCUUUCCUGCCUGAUAGUAAAAACCUUUGCGUCCAAAUUCUGUUUUCACUUGAGGCAACUUGACUAGAUGUUUGUCGUUUCUAGUAUUUUUCCCAUGAGCAUUUAUAACGAAGUAAUCUGUCAUUGCAUCACAAACAUUGCCUUGUAAGGUAUCAAACACCAAAUUACAGGACCUCUUUUUCACUCCUGCAUUGAUACUGGGCACACGCAAGCUGACAGACGUAACCUUGGUCGAUCUAAUAACAUCAAGGCUUCUACUCUCAAGACUUUCAAUUCUUUUCUUGUAUGAUGUAGACCAACCGAGGGACAGCGUACCACAAUAUCCAAAAACAGCAUUAUCGCAUUAUCAU